GUACUGAGUGUGAACACAUCUAUUAGUCUGAAGCAGGCGGAAGUUGUAGCCUGUUCAGCUUCAGCGUGUGAAAACAUCGUAAAUAUCCCUUCAUUUUGAUUUAUAGAAAAAUGUUGUGCAGACGGGAUUGCUUUCACGUGGAUUGAACUUCUUGUAAACGUUGGUUUACCACACUGGAGUUGCAGAUUGCAACAGUCUGAUCUGGGUACUUUUUUAAAAUCAUCAGGCCUUGAACAAUAAUCAGGCCUGUCUUUUCUGGCCCACACAUGAAAACGGGCUACCUUUUUGACUGCGCUGAGCGCCAUGCCUGACCGGGAUAGUGCAUACCUGGUAGGUGGCAGCGGGAGCGGCAGUGGAGGGGGAGCUGGCACGGGGGUAGGGGAGGAAGUAGGUCCUGGGUCUGGCUUGACUGGGGGUGCAGACGGUCGAGGGGGAGUUGGGGGAAGCUCAACUGGUGGGAACAGUGGUUCUGGGGCCAUGGGAUGCAGCGGUGCCCUGGGAAAUGGCCACACUUGCAGUGGAGCCAGUGGCAGCUUUGGCUCUGGCUCGCCAUCAGAUGGCGUUUGCCGUGACUUCUUACGGAAUGUGUGUAAGCGUGGCAAGCGCUGUCGUUUCCGUCAUCCAGACUUCAAUGAGGUGCCUGAUCUUGGUGCACGGAAGAACGAGUUUGUCUUCUGUCAUGACCACCAGAACAAAGAGUGUGUGCGUACCAACUGCCGCUUUGUGCAUGGCUCUAAGGAAGAUGAAGACUACUACAAAAAGACUGGUGAGCUGCCACUGUGGCUGCGGUGGAAAGUGGCAGCAGGCCUUGGCCUGUCCCUCACUGACCUGCCACAGAGCCGUGGUGAGGCACCCAUAUGCAGAGACUUCUUGAAAGGGGAAUGCCAGCGGGGCAACAAGUGCAAGUUUCGUCAUGUGCGGAAGGACCAUGAGCAUGAGGUUUCACGAUUCAGUGCAGUGGGGAUGAUGGGUGUCUCAAGUGGGGUGAGUGGAAUAGUGAAUGCAAGCGGUGGAGGUGUGACCUGUGGUGGGGUGUCAGGAUUUGUUGGAGCAAAUGGAGGGAGCAUAAUGGGGAUGGGAAGCCCCACCAUUGGAGGGUGCAGAGAUCAGGGAUUGUGUGGUGGAGGAGGGGGUGGUUCCAUAGGAAGUUGUCUAUCCCUGGGGGCUGCUGGACAACGGCGCUAUGACCGGGGUCCGUGUUCAGUUUAUGAAUCACUAUUUGAGAAUGGACUGUUUGAUCCUGGGCCACUGGAUAGCCCUGUUGACCACGCAGCUCUUCAGCUGAAGAGACGACGAUUAGAAGGGCUGAGAUUGGUUGAUGGGACUGGGGGAGGCCACUAUGAUUUAGGCGUGCAGGCCACGAUUUCCACCCGGCCUUUGGAGUAUCGUCUGUUGGAGGAGGAAAAUGCUUUGCUGAGGAAGCGAGUGGAAGAGCUCAAGAAACAGGUCUCCAACUUGAUGGCUACCAAUGAAGUCUUGCUGGAGCAAAAUGCUCAGUUCCGCAGCCAGGCAAAGGUCAUGACCUUGUCCUCAACACCCACACCAUCAGAACAGAGUCUGGCACCACCUGUUGGAUCAGUGAGCUCUUACAACCAUAGCAUUGCACAGACUCGCACAACUUUGAGCAGCGCUGGACUACAGCCACGUGCUGUAACCCAGCAGGAACUGGUAGCACCUGCUGGGGCCCCUGCUGGUGCUCCACCAGCUAAUGCUGCGCCCCCACCUGCUGCACCCCCUCCUCCUCCACCCCAUCUGAACCCUGAGAUUGCCCCGCUCUCAGCUGCCCUCGCCCAGACAAUUGCACAAGGUAUGGCACCACCUGUUUCCAUGGCACCUGUGGCAGCUUCUGUGGCCCCGGUUGCUGUAUCCAUGGCACAGCCGCUGCCAGGCAUCACCAUGAGUCAUGCCACUACACCAAUGGUGUCAUACCCCAUCGCCAGUCAGAGUAUGAGGAUCACGACUAUGCCACAUUAAUGCAAGUCCAAAUACAUGCAAUAAUUUCUUUUACCUGUAAACACUUUUUCUCACACCUAAAGUUGUAGUGCAGUUUUACAAAAGUAGGACUGUAUACAGUAUUUAGAUUAACUUUUUUUGGAUUGGCUAACACAACACCAGCAACUUGGGGAAACUAAGUACAUGCAUUUUUUUUUAAUUAUUAAUUUAUCAGACUCAUUGGUAAACUAGACCAUUUUCUUUUGUUCCAUACAGCGGUUUGACAGUGAGACCAUGAACUAGUUAAGUGUUUGUGCUAAAGGCACAUAUUUUUAGUUUGAAUGGACAACAUGCACAUUUGUCAGGAAAAUAUGUUCAUUGGCUUCUUAGAAAGGAGCUGUGAAUGUUAAUCCUUUUGUGUUGUUGAUUUUUGCUCUGUGAUGCCAUUCUUGAUCUUUUUACAAAAACGAUAUAAAGGAUCAACCUGU